AGAAUGGAACACCUCAAAAUUAUCAAAAUGUCUCUCAAACUGAUUAUUUAUAUUGCCUUUCUACUGGCGAUCGCCUCUGCAAAACCCUACCGUGGCUUCAGAAUACCGUUAUUCGACUCUCGCAUAGUCGGAGGGAACGAGGCUAAACUAUACCAAUACCCGUGGCAAGUCUCUUUGCAAUGGGGAUGGCUGUUCGGUAACUCUCACUUCUGCGGUGGUUCCAUUUUAUCCGACCGAUGGAUAAUCACGGCUGGACACUGUGUCCUGGCUGUUCCGGACUACGGUGAUUUCGUAGUCAAAGCCGGAAAGCACGAUUUGAAAGCAAAAGAAGUCGGCGAGCAAACUAUCGCGGUCGAGAAAACGUUCGUGCACGAAAACUACACAGGAGACGUUGCUCCCUACGAUAUCGCGUUACUGAAACUGGCGAGUCCUUUGAAAUUGACUGCUAUGGUUCAACCGAUUAGGCUUCCAAGUGUUCCAUCGAGCACACCGACUGGAAAAGCGACUUUGACUGGUUGGGGAUCGACAUCGAAAACCAAUAAUCCCAUAAUGCCCACCAAACUUCAAACCGUCGAUUUGCCGCUAAUCGAUCUGGCAGCUUGCAAAAAAGCCAUAGAAAAACUUACUGGUCCAUCACCUUUGCACGAAACUAACAUUUGCACUGGACCGCUCACCGGUGGUUUCUCCGCGUGUAGCGGCGAUUCCGGCGGCCCACUGGCACAUAACGCGACCGGAAGAGCUGAACUCAUUGGAAUCGUUUCUUGGGGAAUCAUUCCAUGUGGAACGGUCGGUGCACCGUCUGUAUACACCAAGACGUCUUCCUUCGUCACCUGGAUUGGAAACAUCAUGGCAAAGAAUUAAAUAACUUGAUUCUUCGUAACCUUGUAAUUAAAGUGUUCUGACACAUACGAUAAAAAUAUAAAUGUACGAGUGAUAAUUGCGAAUUGUGCAAAAUAUAAAGAAUCGUUACAAUUAAUUAAACACCUUCUCUGAUAUCUAUUCUUGAUACGAGAAAUAAAAAAUUUUUCCAA